UUUACUUCUGUGCAAUGUUUACAUCAAAUUUUAAAGUCUGUUUAUUUUUUUUUAGAGACGGUAGGCUACAGCAGUAAACAAAAUGGGAAACUACCAAUUGUUAAUGAUGUGGUCAGCCCUCCACGAACUGCCUUACUGGGAACUAUCUUUUCUCCUGUUUUCAGUUUCUUCUCACCAGCAAACAAAAAUGGAACAUCAGGUUCUGACUCUCCAGGUCAGGCAGUAGAGGCUGAAGAAAUUGUUAAACAACUGGAAUUGGAACAGGUGGAUGAGAUCACAACAAGCACGGCAACAUCGGCCACUGGAGGACUGUAUUCUGGCCAGGCAGUGACAGCGCAAUCACAUCUGUCUCCUGACAGCAGUUCAGAUAACGUAGAGGACGAAGUCACCAAUGAACUUCAUCCCAUGCCAGCACCAGAAUUGAAUGUGUCAAAUGUGGAACUUUGCAAGACGAUAUCUUCUCCUGACUCUUACCCAGAGCCACCUGCUCACCCAGAAGCAAGCUAUGAAGAAGACUGGGAAGUUUUCGAUCCGUAUUUCUUCAUCAAACAUGUACCACCACUGACAGAGGAGCAACUAAGUCGGAAGCCAGCCCUGCCACUUAAAACUAGAAGUACACCUGAAUUCUCUUUGGUCCUAGACUUGGAUGAGACGUUAGUGCACUGCAGUCUCAAUGAACUGGAUGAUGCGGCCCUGACCUUUCCUGUCCUUUUCCAAGAUGUAAUUUAUCAGGUUUACGUACGGUUGAGACCCUUCUUUCGGGAAUUCCUGGAACGAAUGUCUCAGAUUUAUGAGAUUAUUCUGUUCACUGCCUCCAAAAAAGUCUAUGCAGACAAAUUACUGAAUAUUUUGGACCCUAAAAAGCAGCUGGUCAGGCACAGGCUAUUCCGUGAGCAUUGUGUGUGUGUGCAGGGAAACUACAUAAAGGAUUUGAAUAUUCUGGGAAGAGACCUUUCAAAAACAAUCAUUAUUGACAACUCUCCGCAAGCCUUUGCGUACCAGCUGUCCAAUGGAAUUCCGAUUGAGAGCUGGUUCAUGGAUAAGAAUGACACGGAACUUUUGAAAUUGAUUCCCUUUUUAGAGAAACUUGUAGAGCUGAAUGAAGAUGUUCGACCUCAUAUCAGAGAGAAAUUUCGUCUGCACGAUUUACUCCCUCCGGAUUAAGAACAGAGUGUCAACACCAUCAAUGAAGGGGGCUGAGAAGACAAAAGCAGGACCCUUUGAACAACAAGACAUUGCCAUUGCUGUUGAAAUUUGCGUUUUUGUACCUCGUCUUGCUUUUCUUGUCUUGGACACCCACAGUUAACCAAGGGGUUGCAGAGAGUGAACUCAGUCUUGAAGUUUUAGGUGGGUCUGAACAGGAGAGGAUAAUGCAGGGUUUUUUUAAAUCAAAAAAGGAAAUGGUAUAUGCAGUCAAAAAUCCAAAACGCAGAUCUAGAUAGCACAUAUAUAGUACGCAAUAGAUGUUCACUUGUCCCAGUUGGUGUGCUCUUGAAGACUGCUGGAUAACAAGUUUGAAAUGCUGUGGUCUGUUGCAAUACAUGUUGAUGAGACUUUCUGACUGUAUCAGCUAUAAAUGGUUAGCGCUUUUCUUUGUGACAUAAAAAAUCAACACUUUGUAAAAGUACUUCUGUUUCUGCCACCAGCAUUUUGUUUAACCUGUAUUAUCACAGGUUUACGUAAGAGGAGAAAACUGAUUCUAUUUUCCCUCUCUGUGGUGCUUUUUAAAGUGGGUCUGUACCUGCUUUUUAAAAUGUAGGUCUCAUUUCAACAGGAAUGGCCAGUAUAUUAAAUACAAAAAUUUUAUGGUUCAGGUUUUAGGUUAUUAUGCUUUUCCUAGUAUAUAAAAUAAAUUUGAGUUAUAAAAGCAUUCCUUUUAACGAUAAUGUAAUGUAGAUCCCUUAUCAAUGCCCUCUAAAACAAAAGCGAGAAUCUUUCCUAAAUUGAUUCAUCACCUUCCUGCUUUGUCUGCCUGUGAAGUAAUGUAUAUUUGUUAAAAUAAAGAAUCUAUAGAUUAGUCAAAAUUUAAUUGGAUACAUAACAUACGACUUUAUUUAUAUUGAAGAACAGGAGCAUUCACCAACAGCAGCUAUAACCUUUUAAGGAAGGAGUGUGGGCACAAAGAAGAGAAGAGACUGAUACUGAAGUACUGAGUAUAGAAACCAAAUUUUAGUCUUGAUUCGAAAGUCAUAAAUUGCACAACCUCUCUGUGACUGUACAUUAUCCUUCAGUUUUUUUUUGUGGAAUUGAUAGUGGGAGUAGGGGAUGAGAGGAUGUGGGUGGGGAAGAAAUUAGCAAAAUUGUAACUAAAACUAACAGGCUCAGGAUCCUCUCAAUCUCUGGUCUACUGUCACAAUUCAACAUUCAUACCACUUUUUAAAAUUCUUCAAAGAAGCAUGUUGCUAGCAAGAACAGUGGUGGCAGGCACAUCAGGAGUAUAACAAUGUGUUAACCAAACAUGUGGGUCUGUGUUCUGGCUGUUCUUCCUUCUCCCUGUUUCUGUGUCCUCCCACCACCUCAACCCGUCCCAAACUCCCCCCUCCUUGUCUCCCACAACCUACAAUCCAAAAGAAGCUACUGGUUGUGGGUCCUAGUUAACUGGCCCCCUGUAAAAAUGUUUUGCCCUAUUUGCUGGUCCAUUUGCUGGCUUACUUUUUCCACAGAAUCAUUUUCUCGCAGGAACAUAGCAUGAAUUGCCUCUAGACUGCAUCGAUAUGCCACAGGCAUCACCAUGGAUGAUUCAUUUCCUAACAGGAAGUUGGAGAAAGCGGCACUUUUUUGUGGAAAGAAGCUAGAUGCAUUUUCUUUGGUUUAAAACUCUAGAAGAUUGUUCAGGACGAGGUGUGUGGUCGCAAAGAAAAGGUGAGCAGUACAUGAAUGAGGAGGAUGCCAGUUAAAUCUUUUUAUGUAUAUUACCAGUUUACCUGUACAAAACCUUCUUGUACAAAACUACAUGCAGCUUCAUUUAAAAAAUAUCCUUAAAAUAAGGAAAAAUCUUUUUAAAGAAAGCGGUUUAAUUUUUGUAUUUUUGAUUUUACAAAAGGCAUGAGUUAUGUCUACUUUUUCAGUGUAUUAAUGAAGAUUUUAACUUUUCAUCAGGUUGAGCGUUUUUCUUACUAUUAUCUAUUGUGUAUGUAGUUAGCACAUUGUGACACUGAAAUGUUAAAAUCUAGCAUGUAGAAAUAAGCCUGUUUUUGUCGGGAGGAAGAAAACCCUUUUAUCCUUCAUUAAAAUAUUUUAAUCAUGGCAGGUUUUUCUGCAGAAAAUAAUUUGAAAAGCGUUUGCAUUUCAGAGAAAUACUGAUUUUGUAUUUAAAGAAAGGUAUUUUGCUUGCAGGAAUCUAUUUACUACAGAUUCACUUUAAUGAUAACCUUUGAGAUGUAUUUAAAUACCUUUAGGGCAUCUGGGCAUCUUUCUUUAUGCUGUUUGUCAUUUUGUCUUUAUUGAAAUAAAAAUGUACAGAACAUUACUUUUACAAAUGUUACAAACGUUUUGAAGUUUUACAAAACUUGCACCAGAGUAACCCAAACAUGAUUCCAUGGCCCCGGCUCUGUCCUUUUAUCCCUGUCUCUUGCUCUGCUUUAAAUAACUUGAUUUUACUUCAAAAGCUGCAAUGGUUUCUGCCUCAGCUGCUCCUUAUGAUAAAACAUUUCACGCUCUAAUUUUGUGUUUUGCAUUUAAUACAUUAUGCAGGCAGCAAAUGGAGGAAAUUUAACUUGGAUUUUCUUCUUUUGAGUUGGGGCAAGCAGUCAACAUGACUUAAUAAGUCACCUCUUGUUUUGGGGCGGGAUUGGUAGUGGAGGGAAACAAUAGGAAAUUUAUAAUCUUCUUUACUCCCCUCACUUUGCCUUAUAGGAAAUUCUGCCAUUUAGCUGUGUGGUUGGCAAUUUGAAUACAUCUGGUCUCCAGUAUCAAGACUGCUUCUUUUGUGGUGAAGCAUGCUUUACUCAAGAGUGUAAGAAAUAGCAGUAGGAUGCCAUUUGCCCUCUUGAGCUUGCUCUGCCCUUCAUAAGAUCCUGGCUGAUCUGAUUGUGGCCUUAUCUCCACUUACCUGCCUGCCCCCCUUGACACCCUGGAUGAUCAUAAGUCUUCAUCCAAUGUGUAGUUGAAUCAGCUAGAUUAAGACUUAGCGAUCCAACAGUUUAAUGUCUAUUUUACAUCAUUUUAGCUGAUCUUAGCUGUGGUGGUGCUGCAUGUGGCCUCAGUUUUGUUCCAUUAUCCAGUCAUCAAGGGAGGGGUCAUAAUCUCUCAAAAUUCUCUAUAAUGCACAACAUAGGCUGGAAUUGAAUGUAAGAGAAUAUUUGAGGGUUCUAAUUUGUUCAACCUUUGCCAAGACUCCACCAGGAAAAUUGGGCACCAGGCAGAGGUAGCAUCCUCACGUUUGAAGUUUGUUAGAAUACUUCUAAAACCUGACCUUGACUUGGUUUCUGUUUAAGUGAUGUGAUGAAUUAAUGCAGGCUUCAUGUAAAAGCACCAUGGCCGUCAUUUUCAUGCUCGGAGCUGGUUGAAAGAAGUAUGGUUACUGCUUUGUUAGAUUCUGAAUACUGAUCACAGGCCAGUGUACAAAGUGUAAAACUUUUAUCAUAGAAAUUUGACUUAGUCUGUUGAAGUUGAACACUAAUUCUGACUGGAAAUUGAAUUAUCUGGGAUGAACGAUGUGUUUAUUCUUCUACCACACUCCAGCUAAAAUAAAAUAUUGAUGUUUUUUGAACUAAAUCCAGGCUAUGAAUGGCUAAUGCAAAUUUCUGAGAGUUUCCCUGCUCUUCAGAAACUCUUUAAUUGUUGUUGCAUUUUCUUCCAAGUUGUCAGAAAGCUUGUACAAUAAGAGGGAAUGACCUAAUUCCGCUGAGAUUUUGGUGAUUAGUCAGUGAUCAGAAUAUCCAACCGGAAUAAACGGUCAUUUAUUCAGCUAGCAGUGGAGGUGGGUGCCUUUAAUUAGAAAGAGGAAACUUGAUUUGGCUUUCUGCUCUAAUGGCAAGUGAUAUUUAGCUGGUGGCAGUAAGAUAGGCUUUAGUUGGUGGUUCUGGCCAUAGCUGGAUGACCUGCAGGCUCACAUUAAUAUUUAUUCAGGCACUGUCCUAUGGACUGUAAUUCAUCAGAGUUAACAUCUUGAGGGAUGGUGAGAAAAAUGUCGGUGAGGCUAAAAGAAGUAACCUAACGAAACCCUUCAGACUAUGCUUUCUAUCUUUGUCACUCUAAGACUUGUGAGAAUGUUCAAGAAUCUUUAACUUUUGGCUUAUUCUGAUGCUUUGCUUUAGCUACUUUCUCUCAAGAAUUAUUUACUGCUCCGUUUCUUCAGUCCAUUUUUAUAAUUUAGCAUCUAAUUAAUUUUGAAGCCCCUUGGCUUUCGACACGAUUUAAAUUUUGCUAGGAUCUCCAGAUUUCUUUGGUGCCAUUAGUAUACUCUAUGCUGGUUAUUCCUAGUGGAAUAUUUGGCAGUAAUUUGAGAAUGUAACACUGACAAGGUUGACUAUAAAAUCUGGGUUUAAGAAAAAUUAGUCAAUUCCAUCAUUUCAAGAAAUUGUGCUUUGCGUCGACGUGGACUCUGCAAAUUUACCCAACAAAGGGUGAAUAACCAUAGGCAAACCUCUGAGCUUUACGAACAAUGCUGUCUCCAUGGAGUAAUGGAUUAAGUCCAUGAUAAACAAUGUUGCUUUUGUUACUAUUGGAAAGUAUAUACAAUCAAUAAAUUUUUUUUAAUGAAAGACA